AUGCCUGCUGUUGGCUAUUCCGAUUAUGAGCAUGGCGGCGCCGAAGAGGUUACGGCAAUCCCUGAAAAAUGGAUCCUCGUCAAGUCCCUAUCCGUUGCUCGUUUUCGAAAUUCUCAAGAUAUAGAACGCAUAAUCAUUUUCUCUCCGUCAUCUCUAUUCGACUUCCUUGGUGAUGGCAUCUGCUUCUUGGGAGAUGUAGUCGCAGCAUCGGAUUUCGCGAUGGCUUGCGCAAAUCUCGGAGUUCUUCCCAAUGAUACAUCUGAAGAGAUCCUUGGCUUCCCGCCCAUCCCAGUUUUACAGUGGUGGAUUGACAUCGUGGUGCACUCGAAAUACUACUCCCUGUCAAUGCUUUGCAUUACUGUGAUUGCUAAAGGACACCGCUGGCUCAUAAGUGACGACGCCUUCACUCAGUGGCGUUGCCUGGAUAGAAAGAUAUCGUCGCCUCCGUACAAGGUGCAGGAAGUAGGCAUUCUUUUCAGGGUAGAGCGGAUUGAGGAUGCAGAUUCUGGAACCGUGAUUGAUCUGUUGACGGCGAAUAUGCCAGGACUUUUUGGGUUUUAUAGGUACAAGACCGUUGUGUUUAAAUUGAUUAGCGAUGUCGUAUUAUGGCAUUUGUUCUGCUAA